AUGAGCGGUGACUCAUCAGAAAAACGUCCAAAAUAUGAGCGGACGACACAGGAGCAGCUGCAAUUUUAUGUGCAGUUUUGUAGGGAGCAUCCGGGGCUGCAAAAAGGAAAAAAUAAUCCGUGCUCCCCAAAACUGAUGCAGUCGCUCUGGCCGCAGAUGGCUGACAGCCUAAACGCCAUGCAUGGUCCCACCCGCUCCGUAGCAAAGUGGAAAGAUACAUUAGCGGCGUGGAAAAAUCAGCUACGCUGCAGAGCACGAAAAGUGCAUGAGGACGUAAUUGAAACAGGUGGGGGACCACGGACGGAAAUUUAUUAAAUCGUCGCACUUUUUAUAUCAACACAAACAUAUGUUUUUGCCUUGUCACAUGCCCAAAAAGUCAUGACAAUAAAAAUGACAAUUGGCAUGAUUCGAGCUUUUGAAUUUUGCUGCGAAUACCAAAAAGCUGCAAUUGUCAUUUUUAUAUCAAUUGUCAUCGCGGUGAGUUUUGUCAGUGUGGCGGAAUAGGGCUGUUAGUUUCGGCUGCAACUGCAAUUAAGUCGUAACUAGGAGGAAGUAUUACAAUUCGAAUAAGGCUACAUCACAAUUUUAUAAUUUGGAAUGAUUUACAUAUGUAAAUGCUCAAAUAACAAGUCAAUUUCAAGCUUUUCUUUUAGAGAAAAUUGGUGCAUAACAUUUAAAUAUGUGUUUGUAUGUUUCACAGCAUGCUUUCGAUAAACAUCGACUUCACAUCAUUGCUGUAGUUCUGGCUAUUUCACUCAAUUAACAAGAAACUUAUGCCUUAUUCUUUUACAUAAACAUGCAAUGAAAGUAAAAAUUACAUAAACGGAUGAUCAAACUUGACAUUAUUUA